CAAUUAUCCUAGCAACAGACUUCACAGACUGAUUGGAACUUAAACGAUCCGGUCACCGUCGCAAUUCACCCGGCCGGCAGCGGAGUGGCGGCGCCAUGUAUGCGCUGAUUAAGAGGUCCUCCUCUGUCGUCUGCUGCAAAUUCAGUUUCUUCCACACGGCCAGCUUUACAGCAUCGCUCAUCAACGACACUGGUCUCUACGGCUACAGUCACCUGAAAACCGCCAAAGGCUUUCAACGGUUCGCUGACGAUGCUAUCGAGAGGUCUAAGGAACUUCUGAGUGACAUUGAUGCUAUGCCGCCUGCUCCUGAAAUCAUUCAAAAAAUAGAUGAAAUAUCUGAUACAGUAUGUUCUGUGAUCGAUGCAGCGGAACUAUGUAGACAUACACACCCAGACAGGGAAUUUGUUGAGGAGGCAAGCCAGGCAUCUUCAAGACUUAAUGACUUUUUACAUUACCUUAAUUCAAAUCACAGCAUAUACAAGGCAGUUUUAAAGGCAGAAAAAGAAGGAAUGUCACUUACCAAUGAAGGUAAAAGGGCAGCUCGCUUUCUACGGAAUGAUUCAGAGCAUGGCGGCAUUCAUCUCCCCCCUGAAAAACUGGAUCGAGUGAAUCGGCUUAGUACAGAGAUUGUUCAGUUGUGUAGACAGUUUAGUACAAAUAUUGUCACUGACCCUGGUCAUGUGGAUAUAUAUCCAGCAUCACGUGUUUCUAAACCUUGGCGCCACCUUGUCAAGCCUAUCUAUGGUGUGCCAAAGGAUACCUUAAAGGAAUCCGUAUGGUCUAGAGACAACAUGAAGGCAAAGGGGUUCAGGUUGGUAACCUCUCCAAACAGUUUGCAGCAUGUACUUCAAUGUGUAUCAGAUGAUGAGGUAACAUUUUUUGUGUAGUUAACUACUUAAUUGCCGUCUGUCAUGCCUACAUGACCACAUCCUAAAACUUCUCUUUCAAAUUGGAUGGAUGACACUUAUUUGGGUUUUUGGACAUAAUCAACCUGCUUUUCAUUUUGUUACCUUUUCGGUUUGGUUAAAAAACAGGAGCAAAUGGCAGCUCCUGGAGGCCUUUUAUUUGGUGGUCUUGUUGUAAGCACCUACCAAGUGCGCAAAUUCUGGACCUAAGUCUAUAUUGAAAUGUAUUAUGCUUUCGGGUAAGGUUGAGAAAGGAAACGAGAAACGUACCACCUUGUGAAAUAGAGAAUGGAACCAAAUUUGCAAUGACUCAAUCAUGUUGUUAUCUUUAGGAAAGAGAACUAUCUGUUUAAUAUGAACACAUUUGGAAAAGGUAGAGUUGUCUUAGAACCUUCCUCCAAGCGGCAACUGCAUUGAAGGCUGUAAAUUUGUUUUAAUUCUUUCUUUUCACCACCAAAGUUAGGCACAUCCAGUUCUUUGUCCCUUUUAUCUUCAUAUGUCAUACUUGCUCUCUCUCUAUCUCACCCAUGUAUUGAUAAAUCCCAAGUACAAGUGAAGUAAAAGAAACUUGUGAAGGAAGAAGAAUCUUUGGGGCAAGAAGAGAUUCUGCUUCACUAUGUCAUUUUCAGCUGGCUUCAACGUCAAUAUAUGCAAAGGAAAAAACAUAAACUUAUGGUGACAAGUUGACAAGUUUAGUGGGUUAGGAAGAUGGCAUAUAUCAAGGGGAACACUGCCCCACGUGCAAAUAUUGUGAUUCUUGACAAGCUAAUUGAUGCUCGCCAUGAAUUUUCUCAGAUUCUAGGCUAUAAGUCCUAUUCUGCAUUUGCUUUACAUUCAUCUAUGGCUGCAUCUCCAGAAGUUGUAUUUUCCUUUCUGCUAGAGAUGAGCGAACUAGUUAGAGCCAAGGCUGAUAAGGAAUUCAAGGCAAUCAAGGAAUUUAAGAGAGUCAAGAAUUGUGAAAAGGGUGGAGACUUAGAGCCGUGGGAUGAGGGUUACUACACAUGGUUGAUGAAGUCUUCAGCAUACAACAUGAAUUCCUUGGCUGUGACAUCAUAUUUUCCUUUAGCACGCUGUAUUGAGGGCUUAAAGAUUUUGGUUGAGUCACUGUUUGGCAUUACUUUUCGGCAUAUACCUCUAGCCCCUUGUGAAUCAUGGCAUCCAGAUGUGAUCAAAAUAUUACUACAUCAUCCUGAUGAGGGUGAAUUGGGUUACUUAUACCUAGAUUUGAAGUCAAGAAAGGGUAAAGAUCCUAUUUGUGCCCAUUUUGCCAUCAGAGGAGGACGUCGUAUUUCUGAGACAGAGUACCAACUUCCUAUUGUUGCUCUUGUUUGUGAUUUCUCUGGUUCAAGAUCAACAUCAGUGAUGCUUAAUCAACAUGAAGUAGAAACACUUUUUCAUGAGUUCGGGCAUGCUCUUCAUUCAUUACUUUCAAGAACGGACUAUCAACAUUUUUCAGGGACUAGAUGUGUAAUUGAUUUUGCUGAAACACCUUCAACUCUUUUUGAGCACUUUGCAAUGGAUUAUCGUGUUCUAAGCACAUUCGCUAAGCACUACUCGACUGGUGAUGCCAUACCAAAAGAAUUGGUGAAAUCGAUGGUUGGAGCAAAAAACAUGUUUUCUGCAACAGAAUUGCAGCGUCAGAUAUUAUAUGCCUUAGUUGAUCAAACACUUUUCGGAGAGCAGCCCUCCUCAGGAAGAGAUACAAUGUCCAUUGUCGCUGAUCUUAAAAGGCAACACACAAGUUGGAAGCACGUGGAGGGAACACAUUGGCACACCCGAUUUAAUCAUUUCACAAACUAUGGUGCAGGUUACUAUAGCUACUUGUAUGCGAGAUGCUUUUCGGCAACCAUAUGGGAUAAGAUAUGCAAAGAGGAUCCACUCUCAGCUGCAACAGGUUCAGCUCUCAGGGAGAAGUUACUGCGGCAUGGAGGAGCGAAAGAUCCUACUGAUAUAUUGAACGAUCUUGUUGGUGGAAAUGGUAUUACCAAGACUUCAGGCGAAGGUGUGAUACCUGAUGUUACAUGCUUCUCCAACUUGCAGGAGUUGGAGCUAUAGAAAUGGCAAGUAACCCUUGGCUCUAAUGAUGUAAAAGAAUCUUGAGCAUAUGAACUCUCAUGUCCAUUCUCAUUUCUCAACUUAGUUGCCUUCCACAUCCGCAUCUGGUGUUGCCUUUUCCCUUUUCCCGGUAGUAAGCUGUCAUGAUGCCUAUCGCGAUUUUGUAUUUUUGGUAAAAAAAUUAACUGUUUUUCCAUCAUUUGCAAUGGAGUCAAAGAUUCACUGUUUUUUUGGCUUGGGAAUAUGAUGGAAUAAAGCAAAAUGACCCUCUUUAGCCCAUCAUAGGUGAGAGCCUUUCGAGAUGAUGGUGGUGGUGGUGGUAAAAACUUAACUGCUAUACGCCUUAUCUAUAGCAUAUGGGUAUUUUGUUUCAAAACUAGUAAUUAUAACUUGUAUUAUAGGAUGGUCAUGGUUUUGCUCAAGCCAGGUGUUCGAUGUCUGGUUGUAAUAUCUGGUUGUCUAUUCCUCCUUUAUUCAUUACGAAUGUAUUGAACAAUGAUUUUAUUAAUGCUAAUUAAUUUUAUUUCCCUAAAAAAAC